AUGGAAGCUAAAGAAAACAAACGGAAAAAGGAGAAACACGAUGUUGUUGUUGAAUAUCGUAAAGAAAAUAGGUCUAAAAGAGCACGAUCGCGGUCCCCAUCGGAAAAUCAAAGAGGUCGUGAAAGUGACUAUAGACGUAAACGGAAGCAUUCCAAAUCACGAUCUCCAGAUGUUAUCGCUAAGCAGGACAAACGUCGAAAUGAUACUCCUAAUAAAAUGCCUGAAGAAAACAAAAAGGAAAUAACUGAAAGAAAAGUGAAAGAUACUGAUAUGUUGAACACCAGGACUGGUGGUGCUUACAUUCCUCCAGCACGGCUCCGGAUGAUGCAAGCUCAAAUAACAGACAAAUCUUCAGUCGCAUACCAAAGAUUGGCUUGGGAAGCUCUAAAAAAGUCUAUACACGGUCACAUCAACAAAAUAAAUGUAGGCAACAUUGGUAUUAUAAUUAAAGAACUUUUGAAAGAAAAUAUUGUGAGGGGACGAGGUUUACUUUGUAGAUCAGUAAUUCAGGCCCAAGCUGCAUCACCCACAUUUACUAAUGUGUAUGCUGCUUUAGUAGCUGCUGUAAAUUCACGAUUUCCAAACAUUGGUGAAUUAUUGUUAAAGCGUUUGGUGAUUCAAUUCAAACGGGGCUUCAAAAGGAAUGAUAAGGCUAUAUGUAUAUCUUCAGCUUCAUUUAUCGCUCAUCUUGUCAAUCAACGUGUCGCCCAUGAAAUCCUUGCAUUAGAACUAUUAACAUUACUUGUGGAGACUCCAACAGAUGAUUCCGUGGAAGUAGCCAUUGCUUUCCUCAAAGAAUGUGGGCAAAAACUCACAGAAGUUUCUUCGAAAGGUGUUAAUGCCAUAUUUGAGAUGCUAAGGAAUAUUUUACAUGAAGGGCAAUUAGAUAAAAGGGUACAGUACAUGAUUGAAGUCAUGUUCCAAGUGUGGAAAGAUGGCUUCAAAGAUCAUCCAGCCCUAAUAGAAGAAUUAGAACUGGUACCUGAAGAGGAGCAAUUCACUCAUCUCUUAAUGUUAGAUGAUGCCACUGAUCCACAGGACAUCCUGAAUGUGUUCAAGUUUGAUGACAAAUAUGAAGAAAAUGAGCAAAAAUACAAAACUCUAAGCAAAGAGAUUCUUGGUUCUGAUGCAGAAUCGGAAGGAGAAGAUGGUUCUGGUGAAUCAGGUAGUGAUGAGUCUGAAGAAGAAGAAGAAGAAAAGAAAGAAAUGACCAUCAUAGAUAACACAGAGACAAAUCUUGUUGCUUUACGUCGCACCAUCUAUUUAACUAUCAACUCAAGUUUAGACUUUGAAGAAUGCGCUCAUAAACUACUAAAAAUGCAAUUGAAACCCGGUCAGGAAGUAGAACUUUGUCAUAUGUUUCUAGACUGCUGUGCAGAGCAGAGGACUUAUGAGAAAUUUUAUGGCUUACUUGCUCAACGAUUCUGUAAUAUUAAUAAAAUAUACAUUGGGCCAUUUGAAGAGAUCUUUAAGGACUCGUAUUCCACUGCACACAGAUUGGAUACAAACCGUCUGAGAAAUGUCAGCAAGUUUUUUGCUCAUCUUUUAUUUACCGACUCAAUUAGUUGGGAAGUUAUGGAAUGUGUCAGAUUAAACGAAGAAGAUACAACAAGUUCAAGUCGUAUUUAUAUUAAAAUUUUGUUUCAAGAGCUGGCUGAAUAUAUGGGCUUGAAAAAGCUCAAUGAGCGACUUAAGGAUCCAACAUUACAACAAGCGUUCAGUGGGCUUUUCCCCCGUGACAAUCCAAAGAACACUCGCUUCUCCAUAAAUUUCUUUACCUCUAUUGGUCUUGGAGGACUCACUGAUGAAUUACGAGAACAUUUAAAGCAAAUGCCAAAGAAUGUUCCCGCCCCAAUUACGGAAAUCAACUUGGAAUCAAGUUCAGACAGCUCCAGCUCAAGUAGCUCAGAUGAUUCUUCGUCAAGCAAUGCUAGCUCUAGUGAUUCAUCUGAAGACGAAAGCGGCAAUAAAACUAAUAAAACCGAUAAAAAGAAGAAAUUAAAAGAUAAUAAAAAGCAGAAAACAUCUAAAAGUAUUGAUGAAGAGACAAAGAAUAAAAGCAAAGAAUCACAACCUGAAAAAUGGGGUCAUGAUGGUUUUUAUGAGACAUAUGGGGAAGGUGCUAGUAGAAUGAAUUCUAGGCCAGAGAGAUCGGAAAGAGAUACACAAAGCAAUCGUGAUAAAAGACAAGAGAAUAGACGAGAAGAGAAUGGAAAAGAUGAAUAUAGAAGAAAUCGAGAUCAAAGUUUUGAAACGAGAAGAGUAGACCGCGAGGAAGUUAGAAGAGAACGAGAAUAUACUAGUGAUAGGCGAAGGCAAGCCAUUGAUAGCGAAUUAAGAAAUGGAGAUCGGGGUGAUAGGAACGAUAGAAGAAGGCAAGAUGACAAUGAAACCAGAAGGAAUGAUCGAGAUGACAAGAAUGACAGAAGAAGGCGUAAUACCGAUGAAGAGCAUAGCCGACGUCGUGAGGACAGUAAAGAACGACGAAGACACAGACAUGAAGAAGAAAAUCGUGUAAAUGUUAGAUCGGAGAAAUAUAGGCGAAAUGAAAAAGAAAACAAUACUAGUGAACAGUACAGAGAUGGAGAGAAUAAAGAUAGAAGGCAAGGUGAUUAUGAAACUAGAAGGAAUGAUCGAGAAGAAAAGAAUGACAAAAGAAGGCAAAGAAAUUAUGAAGAAAAUCUUGUGAAUGUAAGGUCGGAUAAUAACUGGCGAGAUGGAAAAGAAAACAAUACCAGCGAAGAGUACAGAAGAGAUGAAGAUGAUAAAUCUAAAAGAAAUCAAAAGGACGAAGAACAAGAUAGUAUAGUGGAUCCGAAAAAGGAUAAUAAAAAUAUCAAAAAAGUAAAUUCUAAGAAGGAUCUCCACACACGAGCAAAUGUAAGUAAUAAACGAAAUGAAGAGUUGAGUGAAAGCUUAGGAAAUAAGGAAAGUAAAAAUGACAGCAAUAAUGGAAAUAGUAGUAAAACUAAAAGCAAAAAGAAAAAGAAAGAUAGAAGUAGUAGCAGUGAGAGUAGUAGCAGUGACAGUAGUAGUAGUGACAGUAGUAGUAGUCAAAGCAGUAGUGACAGUAGCAGUGAGGAUACACCCAGAAAAAGAAAGAAAGGUAAAAGCAAAAGUAAGCUGGAUAGUGAGAAAGUAAAUGAAAAAGAUACUACAAGUCACAAGAAGAAAAAACAGAGCAAAAAUAAACAAAAAGAUAGUGAUAGUGAAAAUGAGCACAGGAAAGGAACAGUUAAAAAUGACAAAAAAAAAUCAAGUAGUAGAUAUUGGGAUGUUUUUGAUAUUUCAUCAAAGUCUAAGUCAGUAAAAAUUGAAAAAGCUUCAAAGAAAAAGAAGCGGUAA